GUGACCUAAGUGUUGUGCGUACUGUGGCUCUGAAAGUGCAUCGCCGUUAUUAAUAUUAUUUUGCGUUUACGGUUCCUUUAUCUUGCUGAGAGCUUCAUGAAGGCUGUGGAUUGGAUCGCAAUUAAGUUUAAUGGCUGUGAACAGAACAGGAAGUACGACAUACGUUGCUUACAGAUAGUGACUUCGUCUUCUCUUAUUUAAUUACGUUUUGUGCUGAUGUCAACUCGUGGCGGUUACGACAUGAAUGAAAGAAAUUAAAAAAAAUAGCCCUUCAAACCGAGGAACUACAAACUUUGUAUCAGAGUUUAAAAGAGAAUAACUUUAAGAACAAUUUGCCUUAUUACUGCUUCGAAACAAUAUGGCCGACAGCGAAACAUCUUUCAUUAAAGAGGCAAGUAAUUUCAAAGCCGAUAACGCCAAGUUACAAACUAAACGUCCAUCACACUCAUUUUCUAUCGAGCAACUUCUCUCUGUGACAUCAACUGCGCCGGAAAUACGUUUAAGAGUAACAGACCAAGAUUCACUGGAAGCUCCGCCUGCCGGUGAAGCUGGUGACAAUCCUCAGUUGACAGUGACGCAAGAAGUUGAUGACACUUCGCAAUACAGACAUUGUUCAUAUGGAAGAACUUCUACGAUGACUUCUAUCGUGAGUGCAGACUCUUCGUCAGUGGGACUACGGCCCGGAUGUUGCAGUGAUUGCGAGGAAGAUCAGGAGAUCUCCCUAGAGGAAGAGAUGGAGGAGCUGACGGUGCAGUCACCCGCUGGUGGGACCGAAUGCAAUGCCACCGUUUCCACUACUCUAACUGAUGCGGAUGGCUUGAAGCCGGGCCCACAUAACGAGUGCCCUCGGAGCGCGAGCCGAGCGUGCAGGAGCUCGACCGACUCGGACACGUGCAGUGGCGGUAACAACAGUUCCUCUUCGUCGAGUUCGGGUCAUGAUGAGCGCAAGAAGCGGCCGCGCACGGCCUUCACGGCGGCACAAAUCAAGUCGCUGGAAUCUGAAUUCGAGAAGAACAAGUAUCUGUCUGUCGCCAAACGGCUACAACUCUCAAAGACCCUCAAGCUCACGGAAACACAGAUCAAAAUCUGGUUCCAGAAUCGUCGCACCAAGUGGAAAAGGAAGUACACUAAUGACCUGGAGUUACUGGCACAGCAAUAUUAUAACUCCAUAGGUGUCAUGGCGCCUAGACCAAUAUUCCUUGGAGACAGGCUCUGGUUCUUCAACUACCCACACACAGGACCUCAACAUCACGGUAUCAAUGGACCUCCACUCUUAUCAACUGCACCAAAUUUCUCCCCACAUCAAAGCCACUCUCUGCCACCAUUACUUGGGCUGCCACCACCUCCCCCACCGCAGCACUGCAUUCAAGCUGCCCAACAUCUAACAAGCAACUUAGUUACACCCCAUCACAGUUAUGAACACCCCACCAACAUUGGGCUGGAGAUACAUCAACCCUCAUCCAAUCAAUUUUCCAGCACUUCUAGUUCCAUUCAAGGUUUACAGGGAAAUUCAAAUGGCUGAUGAUACUCAAAAGUUGAUUACUAUAAUAUUCAGACUGAAAGUUUCAUGGUGGUGAAGAUAUGAACUGUGGUCUUCUGGGUUGACUCUGUGUCUGUGAAACCUGCUGCAUUUUCAGGGUAGGAGUUUCUGAGACAAUAGUAACCAAGGUAUCAUAACCGAAAAACCAGUGUUCCUACUAAGACAGUGCGAAUUAAGAAGAGAGCUAAGCUCAACUUGUUACAUCCCUGUUUUGGCAAACUGGAAGAUGUUAUAUACAGUAACAUUUCUGGCUUAUGUAUGCAAGAUAGCAUGGAAACUUGGGCCUCGACAAGAGAAUACUAUUAAAAUGGUUCUUAAAGAAAUAUGAUGUGACAGUGUAAAUUAAAUUCAAUUGACUCAGGACAGGGGUCUUCUUUUACUUUAUUUAACAAUGCCAUCAGUAGCUCAGACUUUGUAAGUGCUGAACAUCUGUAUGAUAAAGUACAUAUAAAGAAAUGUAAAGGAUAUUCAAGGAGGAGAGUUUUGGCCUAAUUCAAGGUAUUAUGCCAGCACUCUUGUGCAGGGUCUGAGGAAGGCCACUGAAACCUCAGUCAAGGUAGAGUGUGUCCUGGCUAAGACUUGAACCAGUCACCUCCCAGAUACAAGUGAGAAGCGCUCCUACUUUAGCCAGCUUGUUCAGUGUGGACUCUUGUGAAUAUAGUAAUGAACCUUCAGGUUCCAUGGGAGGCAAGGAAUUCCUUGACCAGUAAAGUUAAUAUUAGUUUCUUGAGGACUUUGUUCCACGUAGUUGGCUGUACACAGAAGUUUUAUGAAUACUGUAAUACUUAAGAUAUUGAUAAUGCCAGAAAUAUUACCGCUGCAGUGCUUCCAAUGUAUAUAAUGGUUCACAUACAUACACACACCAGACGGUAAGCCAUUCACUAUA